AUAUUAUAAAGGAUUCACAAUGCUUCAUCGAAUGAUCCACCGAACUCCUUUCAAAGAUUUUGAUUCACAAGCAUGGAUUCCCCAGAUUUAAUCUCCACAAAAGACAUCCCCCCACAAUUCCUCAAAUCCGCGUUCCUCGCAGGCCAUGUCCCCUACAAAGCAUUGUCCAGCGACCCUAGGCUAUCCUACCAACUCUAUAUCCCUUCCGAGCACAUCAAUGUCAAUCCUGCAGAUCCAGAACAGAAUCUUCCCAUUCUGCCUCUUGUGGUUGUCAUGCAUGGCACGAGACGAGGCUCCGACACAUUCAAUGCUUUAGUCCCAUGGUCUCACAAACAUCCUUGCGCUAUACUCGCACCGCUAUUUCCAACUGGUCUGGAUGGACCGAAUGAUAUUGACUCGUACAAAUUGCUUUCUUCGAAGACGCUUCGAUCGGAUCUUGCACUUCUUUCUAUGCUCGACGAAGUAUCCCAUAGAUGGCCAGGAAUAUCAACCAAGAGAAUAAUCCUCGUCGGUUUCUCAGGCGGCGGUCAAUUUGCCCACCGCUUCUUCUACCUCUAUCCCGAACGUCUCCACGCCGUGAGCGUUGGUGCUCCAGGGCGAGUAACGAAGCUGGAUCUAGGCAAGGACUGGCCUCAAGGCAUCAGAAAUGUCGAAGAAAAGUUUAAUCGAAAGGUUGACUUUGAAAAACUGAGAGCCGUCAAAGACAUUCAAUUUGUUAUUGGAGGAGACGAUAAUGUUGUUCAUGGGGGUGAUGAGUUUUGGAAGUGGUUGGAGAAGGUUAAAAAGAAGAAUGGUUCAAACAGUAACAAAGAGCAAUUGGCGCCGAUGAGAUCAGGUAGACUUCAGACUGCGAAAGAGGUGCUGGGGGAAUGGAAAAGUUUUGGUAUUGAAGCAAGAUUUGAUGUUGUCCCUGGAGUUGCGCACAGCGCGCAAGGCGUCGUAGAUGCCGUUCUUAACUUCUUAGAGCCUAUUGUGAAGAAGAUGUAUGAAGAUGGACUAUAGUUCGCUAAAAGGGUGGGGUUGCACGCGUUGUUUCAUGGGGGUCCGGUUUUGUUGUCGUUUGUGAAUGUUCUCAAGUUCCUAGCAUGUAUGAUCGAGU